CUCUACGCCAAGGAGUACAUCCUCUUCUGCGUGGUGGUCUUUGCCGCCAUCCUGGCCACCAUCACGGUGCUCUAUGGUGCUAUCUUCCGAGUGGUGCGGAUCAGCCGGCGCCACUCCCCGCGCGCGCACCGCCUGCUGCGCACCGUGCUGCUCAUCCUGGCGGCCUUCCUCGUGUGCUGGGGGCCGCUCUUCGGCCUGCUGCUGGCCGACGUCUUCGGCUCCACCGCCUGGGCGCAGGAGUACCUGCGCGGCAUGGACUGGAUCCUCACGCUGGCCGUGCUCAACUCGGCCAUCAACCCGGUCAUCUACUCCUUCCGCAGCCGUGAGGUGUGCCGCGCCGUGCUGGGCUUCCUGUGCUGCGCCUGCCUGCGCCUGGGCCUGCGCGGGCCCGGGGACUGCCUGGUGCGCGCCGCCGAGGCCCCCUCGGGCGCCUCCACCACCGACAGCUCGCUGCGGCCCCGGGACAGCUUCCGCGGCUCCAGGUCGCUCAGCUUCCGCAUGCGCGAGCCCCUGUCCAGCAUCUCCAGCGUCAGGAGCGCGUGA